AUACUUUCUUUACAUCACUCUCUAUAACAUCCCUGAAAUCCAAGAAUUUUUUUAGGUUCACAAAGCCAAUAUGGCGGACCUAUUUACCAAAUAUAAUUGCACAAAUUGUCAAGAUGAUAUUACGGGUAUAUGGGUGCAUUGUGCCGAAUGUCCAGCUUUCGACCUUUGUCUGCAGUGUUUUGCAACUGGUGCAGAAAUUGGUAAUCAUAAAAAAAAUCAUGCCUACCAAUUCAUGGACACUGGCACAGCAAUCUUGUCGAUAUUCCGCGGCAAAGGUUCGUGGUCAGCUCGAGAAGAGCUGCGCCUCCUCGAUGCCAUUGAAAAAUAUGGCUUUGGCAAUUGGGAGGGCAUCAGCAAACACAUUGAAACAAAGAGUGCUGAAGAUUCCAAAGAGGAAUAUGUAAAUAAGUAUAUAAAUGGCACAAUUGGUCGCCACACAUGGAUUCCCGCCCAAUCGCAACGUCCUCAGUUGGUCGAUCACACGACCGAGGAUACUGGGCCGUUGGGUAGUAGCGCGAUGCAAAAAUUACCCGCACUCGAUAUAACACCCGAAGAAUCGGCACAACUCGGUUAUAUGGUUAAUCGAGAUGGAUUUGAGCGGGAAUACGAUCCAACUGCCGAACAGUUGAUAUCGUCGUUGGCUUUGAACAUCGACGAUACGGAGCCAGAUUAUUUGCUGAAAUUGGCUCAUGUUGAUAUGUAUACGAGACGAUUGCGUGAGAGGGUGAGAAGAAAACGAAUCGUGCGGGACUAUCAAUUGGUAGCGAAUUAUUUUCGGCAUAAAAAUGAAAAGGUUCCGAGAGUUAGUAAAGACCAAAGAGAGUUUCGUGAUCGAUUUAGGGUGUUUGCUCAGUUUUAUUCAUCGAAUGAGUAUGAGCGAUUGCUGGCUGCAAUGGAGAGAGAGAAGGAGUUGAGAAUUCGAUUGUCGGAAUUGAGUCGAUAUCGAUGGAAUGGGUUGACAAAAAUUGACGAAUGUCGACAUUUUGAGCAACAUGCUGCUAUUGCUCAGAAUCGUAAUUUUGGUCCUUAUGGACAUGGGAAGACUGACAAUCACAACACUGGAAAUCGGCACGGAUCGUCCUUGCACUCUCCACACAACAAAAAAAUAACAGAACACACAAGCGCAGGCGAAAUAAACUCAAGUUCCACAGGAAAAAACACCACGCACCACACCGCAGACCCGACUUACUCCGACGCAUUAUCGCACAACAAAAGCUACUUGGAUAGCUGUCGGGGAUCGUCGGGUCAUACGAUGAGCAAUCAGUCGAAUAUGACGCCGACCAACAACAACAACAGCAGCAACAAUCAAAGUGCGAACCACAGCAGUCAGACUUACAAUCAAACAGGACGAAGCGCACACGAAAAGCAGCAGCAAGUGGCAACUGCCGAACACACAACAACAAAAAGUCAGCAGCCCUCGCAACAGCAACAACAUCAGCCAAUGAGCAAUAUUCUCAAAAGCCAACUGGACGAACUGAAACAGUUACCUCAUCCACUGGGCCAGAACAUGCUCUCCUCGAAUGAGAUACAAUUGUGUAAUAUCUUAAACCUCCCUCCAACACAUUAUUUAUCAUUGAAAACGAUCCUCUUGAGUGGUGCACCGGUAUCCUCGAAUCUCUCGCCCAUUGAAAAUUCGAUAAGAAGGUAUCUUAUCAAAGCUGGGUGGUUGAGUCAUUAAAACGAUAGAUUUCCGUAUUUUUUCUUUCAUUCUUUGAACUGAUUUAUUCAUUUAAUGCGGAUUACUUUUAUUUUUAAUUAGAAUGUAAAUUAUUUUAUUGUUAAUCGGCGAGCUGAGAUACCUAACGUUCUUUUUUUUAGAUUUUUUUAAAUUGUUUUCUUUUAAAUUAGAUAUUUUUUUAUCAAGUGACUUUUUGUAAUUUCUUAUUCCUCAUCUUAAAUUCAGAUACACAUUAUAUUCAAUUUUUAAAUUCACUUACCCGUUUAACGUUAAAUAUCUUAAAGCAUUUUUCUUUCAUUCAUUACACUUGUAUCAAGUUAAGAUUAUUAAAAAAAAAACUCGCCGAUCUCUUAUCACUUAUUUAAACUUUAUUAAAUAAACAGUAUAAUAUUAGGCUAGUAGUAAAAUUUAAUAUUUAAAAAUUUAUCAAUAUACAAACAUACAUGAAAAUUCUAUUUAAAUAAAAAAAAAAGAAACAAAGCAAACAUACGAAACA